AUGAUAAAACUGUUUUCCUUAAAGCAACAGAAGAAAGAUGGUGAGGCAACACCUAAAGUUGGAAACCAAAAAAAAGCUUCAGCAGCCCAUUUAAGAAUAACUAAAGAUUUGAACGAACUUAAUCUGCCUAAAACAUGUAACACAGAAUUCUCAGAUCCUGACGAUCUUCUUAAUUUUAAACUGAUUAUUUGCCCAGAUGAGGGCUUUUAUAGAGGUGGCAAAUUUACUUUUAGUUUUAAGGUUGGACCCAACUAUCCCCAUGAGCCACCGAAAGUGAAAUGUGAGACGCAAGUAUAUCAUCCUAAUAUUGAUCUUGAAGGUAACGUUUGUCUUAACAUUCUUCGGGAAGAUUGGAAACCGGUUCUUACUGUUAAUUCGAUAGUGUACGGACUACAAUAUCUUUUUCUAGAACCUAAUCCAGAGGAUCCAUUGAACAAGGAAGCUGCAGAAGUUCUUCAAAAUAAUCGACGUCUGUUUGAGCAAAACGUGCAAAAAGCGAUGAGAGGUGGUCAUGUUGGGUCUGUUUUCUUCGAACGAUGUCUUAAAUAG